AGGAGGGACAAAGGCGGGUCAAGGCAAGCAGAAGGAUUCACGCGGUCGAGCCCUCCCUGAAUUCGCAGCCCCCACCUGUGGGAUCAUCGCCCCCCAUCCCGCAGGAUUUCCCAUUCCUAGCACAUGGCAGGCUGCGAAGAAGAGGAAGACCCUCUCCUUGUCCUUCCUCUCCCAGAGCAGGAGCUGAGGAUGGAGAGCAGGGAGGACAAAUCCCCGUGGCAGAACCUCAUGGAAGAGGCCGUUUUGAGCAGCUCCACGGCGCCGGAGCCCAAUGGGGAGGAAAAGCCCCGGACAUGCUGCACGAGGAGGGGCUGCAAAUGCAGAUCACGGGGAUCUGAGGAGGAAAGACCCAGCCUGGGCUGGGGAGGCGGCCGGAGAUGGAGCCAGAGCUCGGAGCUGGUGGUCCAUGAGCAGCUCCAUGAUGGGGAGAAGCCCCACAAGUGCUUGGAGUGUGGGAAGAGUUUCAGGUACAGCUCCCAGCUGAUCGUGCACCAGAGGACCCACACUGGGGAGAGGCCCUACGAGUGUUCUGAGUGUGGGAAGGGGUUUAAGACCAGCUCCGAUCGCCUCCUGCACUAUCGGAGUCACACAGAGGAGAGGCCUUUCCACUGCCCUAACUGCGGGAAGGGAUUCAAGCAGAAGUCAAAAUUCGUCAGUCACCAGAGGACCCACACUGGGGAGAGGCCCUACAAGUGUGAGAAGUGUGGGAAGAGCUUCUGCCAGAGAUCCAGCCUGAUCCAGCACCAGGUGAGCCACACUGGGGAGAGGCCCUACGAGUGUUCCAAGUGUGGGAAGAGGUUUAAGACCAGCUCCGAUCUCCUCAAGCACUAUCGGGUUCACACGGAGGAGAGGCCCUUCUGCUGCCCUGACUGCGGGAAGGGAUUCAGGCAGAAGUCCCACCUCAUCAGCCACCGGCACAUCCACACCGGGGAGAGGCCCUACGAGUGUCCCCAGUGUGGGAAGAGCUUCUCACAGAGCUCUACCUUGACCCAACACCAACGGAGGCACCGGUAAGGGAAGCCCUGCGAGUGCCCUGAGUGCGGAAAGAGCUUCGUGUGCUGCUCCAGCUCCAUCCCCCACUGCAGGACCCACGCUGGGUACAGCCCUGGUGACCCACAUUCCCUGUGAUCCAUGUUGGGAGCACACCUGCCUGCUUCUCCUUUUGUUUUGGCCUUAAUUUUCUUGUGAUUCAUCUUUAUCCCUUAAAAAUAACUAAAACAGAGUUAAAUGAAAGAAAUUGAUCCAAAAUAUCUGAAGUCCCACCAUUUCACAGGUGUUUGAGGGGGAAUUUAGGAUUUGGGGACACAUUCUGUGUGGAGUGCCCCUGUUGCUAAGAGGCAGGAGUUUGAUCUCACCCUUCUUGUGUUGCUGAUAACUCCUCCCUUGCCCCAAACCCUAACUCCCCCCCUGGGAUACCCUGUACAAACCCCACGGCCCUGCCUUUGCCCUGUCUCUCGGGGGUAAGAAAUGGAUUCUGGAGCUUUGUGAAACCAAGACCUGUCUCGUUUGUUCCUGGCAGUGGCAGCUGCACCUCCCUGGACACCAUGAACUCAGCUGCAACAGUUCUGGAGCAUUUGUGUGUUCUGGGGGGAUUUUGGGCAUGUUCUCCAUCUCUUUGCAUUUCAGAAGCCAAGAGGGGUGGAUCUGUCACCUCAAAACCACUCAAUCCCACUGAAGCAACUGAAUUUUAACCCAUAAAGGCUCAAUCCCACCUCAAAUUGCUCGUUCCCACCUGAAAAAACUCAAUCCCACACAAAGCUCACUCAAUUCCACAGCUGCCAGGGUGAGAUGGGGUUGGGAGGAGAUUGGGAGAAGUGGGAUCCCAGUUUGGAGCGGUGGGAUGGGGAUUGUGUGGGGCUGGCUGGGUGGGAUGUAUUUGAUGGCAAAUAAAACUUUCAGACUUACUGAUUUCUGUCCCCUUCAUUUUCAGUCAGUUCUGUUUGCAGUGCCACCUUCUCAGCUGGUUAAGUUCCUAUAAAAAUCCCUUUUUAAAAAUCAUCUAACCCAAACAACCCAAAAGCCAAUAUCCAAAUACAACCACCAUCUGCAAUUAUUUUUUUUUAAUAAUUUUAAUUUUUUUAGAGUACUUAAGGGUGUUUUUAAUGCUUAAUUGUUUGGUUAAAAUGUAUGAGAAAUUAUAGUGGUGUUUGGUUUUGUGUUUAGUAUAUUUGUAAUAUGAAUUGUUUUAUAAGGUUUGUUAGAUUGUAUGUUAGUUUUUUUAGAUAUUUUUUAUCUAAAGUCUAUGAGUUACUGAGUUCAAACUUUCAAAAGGUAUUUCUUGGUAUAUAAUGUGUUUAUUUAUAUUCAUUGGCAAUGCCAUAGUAAUAGUUAUUGUUGUUUUGGGUCGAAUCAUUAUUGGAGUAUUGUAAGUAAGAGUUAAAACUAUUGUAUUUCAUUUUUAUUGCAAUUUAUUUAAUUUGAAUUAAAAUUUAUUAUUUAUAGUUUUAUUAUAAUUUGUUGAAAGGAUAGGAAGGAAGUUGAAGGGCAGGAACAUUUUUUCCUGGCUGGGAACUGGAAUUCCAGACCCCGGGAGUGUGUGCAGGACCACACAGACCGGGAUCCAAUAUGGGCUGGGAUCAAAUAUGGGCUGGGAUUGCACAGACUGGGAUCACCUGGACCGGGAUCAAAUAUGGGCUGGGAUUGCACAGACUGGGAUCACCUGGACCGGGAUCCAAUAUGGGCUGGGAUCAAAUAUGGGCUGGGAUUGCACAGACUGGGAUCACCUGGACUGGGAUCCAAUAUGGGCUGGGAUCAAAUAUGGGCUGGGAUUGCACAGACUGGGAUCACCUGGACCAGGAUCAAAUAUGGGCUGGGAUCUUUUGGAAUGGGACCAUACAGAUCAGGAUGAUACAGACUGGGAUAAACUGGGUUGGGAUUAUAUGGAUUGGAACCAGAUGGGCUGGGAUUGCACAGCCUGGGAUCACAUGGACUGGGAAAAAGCAUUGGCUACCACUGGCUACCUUUGGCUACCAUCCACGUAUAGAGGUGGCCACCACAAGUUGGCUUGAUCCUGUUUGGGGGUCCCAUCCCCCU